AAAACUAACAGAAAGAAAAUGUAAGAAGCCUUCCUGUGUGUUAGGAGGGGAUUUUACCAAGUGGUUGAUCCAAAAAUGUGCCAGUGGUGGUGGGAUAUGAAAACACAGUUCUUACCUUUUUCCAGCACUGGUGUUUAUGAGUUUGGCAAGGACAGGGGUGCCAGAGCUGAGAUCCUUCACAGAGCAUCUGUGACUUCUAUUCAGUCAUCUUGGUACGAGGACACUGUUUGCAGAAUGGGCUGCAGUCUGUGCCUCUUCCCCUGCUGUACAAUGUGCCUCUCACAGAGUGACUGCUUCUGUCUAAUUGCUGCCUGCAGCUCUGUGGGUCUCCUUCUGCUGCCUCCCAGGCAGGAUUUUUACUGUGAAUUCAUUUCAUUCUUUGGCUUUCCCUUCAAAGCUAGAGUUGCAAAGGACAGUAGCUACCGCCAGCUUUUACUCACAGAUCAACUCCUAGGUGAAACCAAGUCACUUUCUCUCCUUCCUUUGGUCUCUCCUCCUGAAGUGCUGGUUGGUCCCAGUUCCUGGGACUAUUUGGACAGGGACCUUCAUGCCCCUCACUGCUUGGUGUUUUCUGCAUCCAUCUCUUCAGGGUCUUCAGAAAGGCUCCAUUUGUGGCCUUGGGGCCAAGUACAGUCAAUGCACGCCCUUUCUCCCUGGGAAUUGAUGUCAGAGACUCAGACCCUCAGGCAGAUUCUGUCUUGUUCCUUUUCAGGUGUAUUGAUUCACCAGUGGCUCCUGAGGUGUGAAGAACAUAGGAGAACUCUCUGGAACCACUGAAGAAAUCUUUGGGACUUCCCAGACCGUGGGCUUCUGUGGUUAUGGCCACCACUUUCAUGGUGGUGCAGUGGAAUGUCCAGCUAGUUCAGGAGUACAAAGGAAAAUACUUCAAUAAGCAAUCAUCUGACAGCCAAAAAUAAAUAAAUGAAUAAA